AUGGCCAAACAUUUCCUCGUCGCCUUAAUUUUCGCGGGAUACCUUGCUCCUCUUACCCAAGCUGGAGCCGAACUAGAAAAAGAGUCUCAAUUACCAGGGGAACCAUCCUUUGUUGUCCCGUCGGCAUUCCCAACCUCAGUGUUUUCGAGUUACUAUCUCAAACCUGCUGCAACUGCCGAACCCCAACCAGCUUUGUACGAUCCGAUACUAAACAUCACCUUUCCUCUUAAUCUUACCAACCCCACAACCGUACCAACUGCUACUGAUGAUCCGGUAUACUAUCCAGAGGCUGUCGGCAAUCCGAGCAAUACACCUCCAGAAACAUUGCUCCAGAAUGCGUUAAACGAGGUUAAGGAUAUCAUUUACAAUCAAACUGGGCUUUCAAGUAAUUGUUCAAAAUGUAUUGCUGCAUUGAGCGUAGGGAAGACUCUCGCCCAGCAAGCUCCAGAAUAUGUACCUGAUGCUUUAAUUUCGUUAUGUCAAGCCACAGGCUUUGCAACAAACACCACGUGCAAAAAUAACUAUGCACCAGGGAGUUGGGGUGCGAUAUGGACACAAGUGCUAGCAUUGGCUGAUGUUACUGGAUCAGACGGUCAAUAUAUAUGUAGUUCUCUGAGCACUACUUAUUGUCCGCUCCCCAGCGCAGCGCCAUUAAAUACUACCGGAUUGUGGAAGCCAAAGCCGGCCAACGUAACGGCUCCAAGACCAAGUGGACAACGAAAGAAAGUCCUUCAUCUUUCGGAUUUUCACCUUGACCCUAGAUAUCAAGUUGCUUCUGAGGCAAAUUGCUCUUCUGGCAUGUGUUGUAGAUACACCGAUGCACCCACUUCUCAGGCAAUAUUUCCGGCACCAUUAUAUGGGUCUUACAAAUGCGAUACCCCAUACUUUCUUGCGCUAGCAGCUCUUCAAUCCAUUGGGGCUAUGACCGGUACCAACGGCUAUGGAUUGGAACCAGCUUUCACAAUCUAUACAGGUGAUCUCGUUUCCCAUGAUGCUCAAAACCAAAUGUCACGAGAAUACGUUGAGUAUACAGAGACUAGUAUCUACUCAAUGCUGAAAUCCUACAUCAAGAACCCUAUCUUCCCCGUACUAGGAAACCAUGAUUCAACCCCGGAAAACAUUGAUAGUCCCCACAGCUUACCUGGUCCUUUGGGUAAGCAGUUUAGUUGGAACUACGAUCAUGUCUCUUCCUUGUGGCAGCACGAAGGAUGGCUGAGCAAAGCAGAUGCCGAAGAAGCUGCUAUCCACUACGCUGCUUAUUCCGUGAAAACACAUGUCGGACUUCGGAUUAUCACAUUGAAUACCGACUUUUGGUACAGGUCUAACUAUCUUAACUUCAUCAACACGACAGACCCUGAUGUUUCCGGCUCAUUUAAAUUCAUGAUAGACGAGCUUCAAAUGGCGGAAGAUGCUGGCGAGAGGGUCUGGAUUCUUGGCCACGUAUUGUCAGGGUGGGAUGGAACCAAUCCACUCCCAAACCCAACAAAUCUUUUCUAUCAAAUCGUCGACCGCUAUUCACCCCAUGUCAUCGCCAACGUUUUCUGGGGUCAUACGCAUGAAGAUCAAGUGCUUAUUUACUACUCCAACAACGGAACCGUGCAAAAUUCCUCAAACGCUUUAACAACCGGAUGGAUUGGACCCAGCGUAACUCCACUGACAAACGUGAAUUCCGGCUAUCGCAUGUAUGAAAUUGACACCGGAUCAUUUGAAAUCAUGGACGCAUAUACAUUUUAUUCCGACGUAAACACCUAUUCUUCCCUUAAUGGGACUGGCCCUACCUACCAGUUCGAGUACUCUACAAGAGCUACCUAUGGACCAUCAAUUUCUUGGCCAGAAGAUGCGCCGCUCAAUGCGACAUUUUGGCAUGGUGUUACGGAAGCGAUGGAGAGAAACAGAACGUUAGUAGAGGUGUUUAAUACGUUUCAAGGAAAAAGUUCUAUCAAGAGCCCGAAUUGUACAAGUGAUGCUUGUGCGCAGGCAAAGGUGUGUUAUAUGAGGAGUGGAAGUGCGCCGAUCGGGAGGGCUUGUCCGCAGGGAUUUGCGAGCGUGCAGAGUCCUUAUCUUGGGAAGAACUUUUGA